AGAAAUGUUUUAGCGUUACUGCAAUGCCCUAAAAUCUGCUCCACUCUCCAGUAAACCCCUUCCACAACACCAAAAUGCCGGACUCUGUACUGCUCGAUCACCAAGAAGAUAAAGAAGUAGCAUCAAUGCCAGAAACCCUAUCUAAAUCCGACGCCGCAUUGCCUUCAAAACGCAAACCCGAUUCACUUCCGAUUCACCCUAACAAAACUCAAAAAUUACCGGCUUCCAAUGAAAACGGCGUCGCUGCUAACUCUUCCAAUCCCGAAGACAGUACUGAGAACAACAACGCUGUUGUAGAAGAAGAAGACGAUGAUGAUGAUUACGUGGAUGAUGAUGAUGAUGAGGGAGAAGAAGAGAGUCCGGUGGUUGAUAGGAAAGGUAAAGGGAAAAUGAUUGAAGAAGAAGAUGACGAUGGUGAUAGUGAUGAUGAUGAUGACGACGACGAUGAGGAUGAUGAAAUGGACGGUGGUGAUGGUGAUGAUAGUGAGCUGGAUGAUGAUCCUCUGGCUGAGGUUGAUUUGGACAACAUUUUACCCUCGAGGACGCGGAGGAAGUCCACUCAUCGGCCUGGUGUUUUUAUCGGUAAAAAUCACGGUAAGGAUGAUGAUGAUAGUGAUGCCUGAGGAGAGGUUAGUGUAAUUGUGUUAAUUUUAACUUGGAAGGGGUUUAAGCUAGUAACUAGUAAUGUUAGUGGUUUUGUGAUGGUUCAGUGUGGGAAGGGCGGAGAUUGUAAGUUCGAUUAGGCUUUAUCAUCUACUUGGAUUAUUGAUUUGCAGUCAAUCAUGAAUUUUCCCACUUGAACUUUAA